CUAUUAAAACUUGUCUCCUUUCUGUUUCUUUCACGCAAAGAGGCCAAAACGAAAGUUAAAAAAAAAACAAGAUUUUUAUUUCCAUUUUCUAUCAAAAGAUCCAUAUAUAAAGCUUCAAAGUGUAGUCUGAGUAGUAAUUUCAUUUCUGUGUCUAUUGCUCUUUCUCCUUCCUCGGUUUCAUCGUCAUUACACAGGAAAUGGCUACGGUUGUGUCUCACCAAUUGAUCGGUUCUAUUCAUAGACCUUCCAAUUCCAAAGCUUCUCUCUUUCCAAAGGAGUCUCUCUACCUCCCCAUCAAAUUCAGACAAAACCGUUUCAAGAUCGAAGCAACAACUGCAUCUCAAACUCCUGUUCUCGACACUCUCUUGUCUCCUUCCACCCCUUACAAGAAAAAAACAAAUGAGGCAUCACUGAUAUUGAUUAGGCAUGGAGAGUCGUUAUGGAACGAGAAGAAUCUCUUCACUGGCUGUGUUGAUGUUCCAUUGACUGAGAAAGGUGUUGCUGAAGCUAUCCAAGCUGGGAAGAGGAUUAGCACCAUUCCUGUUGAUUUGAUCUUCACUUCUUCUCUUAUCCGUGCUCAGAUGACUGCUAUGCUCGCCAUGACUCAGCACCGCUGCAAGAAGGUUCCAAUCAUUUUGCAUGAUGAGAGUGAGAAGGCGCAGACUUGGAGUCAUGUUUUCAGUGAAGAGACUAGGAAACAAUCUAUCCCUGUUAUUGCUGCUUGGCAACUCAAUGAGAGAAUGUAUGGAGAGUUACAGGGUUUAAACAAGGAGGAAACAGCGGAGAGAUAUGGAACGCAGCAAGUUCAUGAGUGGCGUAGGAGUUAUCACAUUCCUCCUCCUAAAGGAGAGAGUCUUGAGAUGUGUGCUGAGAGAGCUGUGGCUUACUUUGAAGACAAUAUUCAACCAGAGCUUGCGUUAGGGAACAAUGUGUUGAUUGCUGCUCAUGGGAACUCUUUGAGGUCUAUCAUUAUGUAUCUUGACAAGUUAACUUCUCAAGAGGUUACGAGUUUAGAGCUAUCUACUGGUUUACCGUUACUCUACAUCUUCAAAGAUAGGAAGUUCAUGAGACGAGGAAGCCCUGUUGGUCCUACAGAAGCUGGUGUCUAUGCUUAUACUAAGAGAUUGGCACAAUACAGACAGAAGCUUGAUGAGAGCCUUAACUAG